ACUUCUCAUCUCAGCUGUUACUACACGGUCGUAUUUGACAGCGGGACCAGCGAACACCAGCAGCAGCUAUGGCGAAAAGUGAUGGAUGCGAUUACUUUAAAAGAACCAGCCUGUUCUGGCUCGUCGCCGUGACACUCGGCAUGGGAUAUUUUACUUGCAUUGUGUUUGCACCUGAAAAAAUCCCAUUCGAGCACCUUGGUCCAUUUGGCAGCUUCUGCACUCAUCUCGUGGAUAACUAUGCUAGCAUUAUGUACAAAGGAUGGUGGGCUGCCUGGGCUAUCCAUUUGUAUGAGGCCUAUAUUGCAAUGAGGAUGUGCCGUGAGAAAGGCAUCACCAACCUGACCUCUCGCUGCCUGUGGUUCAUCCAGACCUUCCUGUUUGGCUUCGCCUCCCUCGGCCUGCUGGUCAAAUACGACCCAGAGCGCCCCAAACAGCACUGAGUCCGGCAAGAUGAAGCCAGAAGAACAACACUACAUAAGCUGAAAGAACAAAAUCAAUUUGUGCCUCCUCUUAUUUGAAGUCAAGACAGCUUUAUAGAGACACUACAAUUUUCCGUCUUAGUUCAUAUAACUUAAUGUGUUCAUAUGAUGGACACAAUUUAAUUCCAUGGAUUUUCUAUUAAUAAACCAGGGAAGUUUUUUCUGGAUAAUAAUAUUAACAUUAUUUUUAUAUUAUAUAGCAUCAGAGUUCUCUUGAUGAUUCCGGGCUGAAAAUGUUAGUGCAAUACAAGGGUUAUCUUUAAUGACAUGAUGUUGUGCUCUCACUGUUCAAUGGUACUUGGGAUAUUUUCUCAGCUGCUGUAAUGAAGAUGGAACUGCAGAUGGUACACUGCCAUCUUCCUCUUCUCCAGGAUAAAAAUAAAGUGAGUUGCUGUUUGAAUUUGCCUUUUAAUAUACUGAAGUGCUUUGUGUUCAACUUUUUAAACUGAAGACUGGAAUUUCUUAAUGUUAACAUUGAAAAAUAAAGAGUUAAUUACAAACUGCAGGAAA